AGUUCGCUUUGGAUUUACACCUAGCCGCAUCUUUCAGAGCACAAGAUUUGUUUGGAUCUGACCUAAUACCAAGAUGAUAUUUCCACAUCGAGGUUUUGGUGUUUGAACCUUUUUUUUAAACUGUAGGACGGAAUUGUGCCACAUUGGAGUUGUCAGAUACGCUAUAAGGGACGAUACAUUUACCCAUAUACGUGAGCCUCAAUCCUAAAUGCUUGUCCUUGCAUGGCAUGAGCGAAAUAUAAACAGCUGGCGUGUGUGUAUAUGAACUGUUUAAUCAACCUGCAGUUGGAGAGCAAAUGACCAUAAGGCGUCCACCUCGCAGCGCGUCCAAAUCACUGUGAUGUGGAUCUGUUUCACUUUGCCAAGCUGUGUAUGGCUAAAGCCGGAGAUUUCCGACCGACUGCACACAGUUUGAGGAGUUACAAGUUUUUUUGUUUGGUUUGUGUCUUGAACGACUUUUUCCAUUCCGGUGUCGAUGAUGACUGAGAACAAUGAGAUGGAGAGCAACUCUCAGCUCCAGCGCUGUCCAAGCACCAUGUCCAUCCAGCCGAUGUCAUCCAAGCUCCAGAGACUAAAACGCUCGCUGUCCUUCAAGACCCUCAUGCGCAGCAAAAGUGUGGAUAACUUCUUCCAAAGGUCCUACAGCGAUGCUCGCCUGCCUGAAGAUUUCAUCACUGACCUGCCGCCUCCUUCUCCUCCACUGCUUCCUGGCUCUCCUCUCGUCGGCGACCGCUCACCGUCCAUUUCACCAUCUCUCAGCCCCAACCCCUCCAUCUCCUCCCACUCCCCCUCUCUCAGCCUUUCCCCAUCUUUGCCCAUCAAGCCGCCCCGACCUCAGAUUACCCACUCUUUCCAGGACCAUGUCUUUCGCAAGCCCACCAACUGCCAGCACUGCAAGCACAUGAUAGUGGGAAACUCCAAACAGGCCCUGCGGUGUAAAACAUGUAAGAUGGCUGCUCACCUGUGGUGCACCUCAGAACUAUCGCAGCAGCUGUGUCAAGGGAAGUCUGGAGCUUUCAAGCGAAACUUCAGCUCGCCGAUGCUCGUCAAUGACCAAUUGUCUGUCGUCAAGGAAGUUAAACCAAGCCAAGAGGCUGCGCGGAUGCGUGUAGACCCUGUGUAUGCAGCCUUGCGCUACGGGACGUCCUUGGCACAGAUGAGCCGCUCCAGUUUUGGCAGUUUGUCAGAGUCCCCAACACGCAGCCUGGGGGAGGGAGGUGAGGAGAUGCAGCAGAGACAGUGCAGCAUGGAGGAAGACAUAACUCAGGAGACAGGGGACACCCAUGUCCCCGACAUCGAGAUCGAGGAGGAAGGUGAGAGCGGCAGCCAGGCUCAGACUUCAGCAGAAGAUGAGACUCCAGCAGAAGAUGAGACUCCUGCAGAGGAGAGCAGUGUGAUGGUACCACUCUGUCUAAUCCCCCUGUGCAGACUGUCACCCCUUGUUGUUUUCCUCCUUGAGCGUGUAUUCCUAUCUUACUACCUCCCCGUCCCUGUGUAUCCCUGUGUCCAGGUGCCCAAGCGCAUUGAAGUUCACUCCAUCCACACCUAUGUAGCGCUCUACAAGUUUCUGCCUCAGGAACAGAAUGACCUGGAACUUCAUCCUGGUGAUCGUGUGCAGGUCACUGACGACUCUAACGAAGAGUGGUGGAAGGGCAAGAGCGGAGACAAAGUUGGCUUCUUCCCUUCCAACUUUGUGCAGAGGGUCCGGCCAGGAGAGAGAGUGUGGCGGGUCGUCCAGGGCCUUCCUGGCAACCGAGAGAGAGGACACAUGGCCGUGAAGGAAUCCCAGAUCUGUGUGGGGAAGCGAGAAGACGGCGAGGUGUUUCUGAGGCUGAGCAGCGGGAAGAAGAGAGGGCUGGUCCCUGCUGACUCCAUAGAGGAGAUCUGAGCCUCUGUGCUCAAAUCACCAUCCUUCCACUUCUACUUCCCCCUGGGAGGCACCCGUCUUCAUAUCCCCUCCUCCACCCUGCGCUCGUCAAAAUGACAGCCGCAGCCUUUCCAACCAGUCCUGACUAACUUUAACCAAACACACUUCUGCAAAGAGCUGGAACCACAGCCCCCUUGAACAUGUGGUUUCCCGUUGAUUUCAUUUACUUUCUUUAAUAGAGUGUACAGUCAUGCAGUAACCCUGCUCUUACAAAGGAACUGUUUUUCAGCAGUCUAGUUUUAUCUUUCCAAUACAAACAUCAGUGUUUAGUUAGAAAAGUCAAAAAUGCAUAAGUCAAAAAUGCUUUAAAUAUGCUUGCCAGAUGCCAGUUCACAUCUCUUUUUCAUCCAUCAAAAAGAUGUCUACCAACGUGGGAGGAGGCUGAGUCCUGUCAUGGGAACAUGAUGCCUCUGUCAGUGUCCUUUUCUUUUUACUGCCCACUCCGCAUGUCUCAUCCCUAUCUGCUCAUGUCAGGGUCUCUGGCCUGAGGACUGAUAUCAGCUAAUGGUAGCUACACAACAUGAGGCACGUGCCAAGGACAACGACUGCCAGCCAGAGAACUCUGCUGCCAUGCAGACAGAGAAGAGAAUCAGAUGAAAGGAGUAGACCCGAUCCAAAAAACCUCAGCAGUGUCAGACUGAGUUUUGACUGCAUGCAGUCAACUUGUGAGUGCAGAAAUCAGAAGAUUUUCAAAGGAAAUGUGAAGCCUCUGAGGAUAUCUACACAGGAAACUUAAAAAAACAUUUCCCCUGACUUUUUCAGUAAAAAUAACAAUGAAAAUAUGGAACAAAAAUGCGUCAGCUUUAUUUCUGGUAAGAGAGCAUAAAUCAGCCGGUGGACCCCAUGCUCCACAGAAAGGUCAACUCAACAAAUUUUGCAAAACAAACUUUCCCUUUUUUUCUUGUUUUUAUCUAUCUACAAGACAGGAACUUAAACCUGAAGGAACUGCUGGAAAAAAAGUAUUUUUAGUUAAUGGCAUAUCCAUACAGGAAUACAUUUUGGUGCAAAGCAUCUUGUUGAUAACUCAGCGGUGAUUGUCUAGGGUCUAAAUCUGUUGUCUUACUGUUUUAAGCAAAGGUGAUGCAGGGGAAAUCAAAAGGAAGGGAGGUAAAACUUGCGAGUCUCUCUAGACAAAACAGGGAGGGUGGUCCUCCCUCGUAUGGCUGGUUGUUGUGAGCACUGAGCAAGACCUUCCAAGUGUAGCAGUGGCAGUUUCUGUUCUCCUGUUUUCACAUAUAGGAGAUGGACGGGCAUUAAAGGGUUGUUUUUUCUGUCUGCAGAGACCCGCUGAAGAGCUGCAGUGGGUGUUGCAAAUGUUGCACAGCAUUAUUACAUGACUUCACUAGAGCUGGAACAGUGGGAAACAAACGGCGGCCAGUCUGCCAGAAAAACAACACAAUGGGGAUCUUUCUGACCAUGACAAGGAGUCUAAGUUUCACUGACAGCUUGGAGGAGGAUGCAGGGAAACAGAGGGAGGAGGAGGUGUAGUGAGAGGAAUGACAUCAGUGUUGAACCAUUAUGAGUCAGUCUGUGCAUGCAGGUAGUGUUGUACACAUGGGUACCAGUCAUCAUUGAUCAAAUGUCAGCCUGUCAUCUCCAUCUUCUGCUCCCCGUUUGGCAUCUCUCGUCCUCUCUUUCUUUACUGGUCAGUUAUGACAUAAAGUGAAGGCAUUUUUUUUCUUCUUGUACUGUACAUAUUGAUGUUUUAGACACCUUUUUCCAGAGAGAGGACACUCCACUUGUGUCACGAACAUAAAGAAUGCAACAGUAGAAUGAUGGCACUGCAAAUGAUGAAAUAAUUUAACUAAAUAAUUUAACUCGUAUGUCUUUCAGACCACAGAGAUUACGCUAAUGUGAUCCUUCUUUAGUCUACAUUUUAAUAUAUGUGAAAGCGUUUAGAGACUGUGAGAAAUAAGCUUCUCUUCUUGUAAUGAUGAGAAUAGCACUUUAUUUUGUGUCAUCUUAAUAAGUUGUCCUAUUUGUUGAGGUAUCUCUAUAGUGCUAUAGUGAUAGCUUUCAUAUUUAACAAUACUUUACCUGCAACUUCACUUCCCUAUGGAGCUCUUUGGUCAAAGGGCUGAUAGCUUGUCUAUGUGCGUCAGAUUUAUAAUAUAUAAUAUCAGAGAUGGAAAAAAACUGAGAAUUACACAGCAGCAUAAACAAUAUGACCAUCCUGGAGAAAAAUGGCAUCAGAGCAGAACUGGAUUUAUGAUUUUUACCCAUGUAAACACUUUGUUAUCUUACAUUGUGCCUAGUUUCUGUAGCAUCACAUGUUCACACCUUUUAGAAUUCAAAAUGUUAAGUAUGUGUUUGGAUGUAUCCUGAGUCCGGAGUCAUUGGUUGGCCACAUACCUUAAUAAAAGAUAUUUACAAAACA